UAAUAACAAUAAAGUCCCUUUGAUAUUUGCCUGCACGUCCCAAAAACAAGUACAGAGUAAUAAUCACAUCAGAUUGAUUAAAACCCUCUCACUAAUCACCUUCUUAAUCAAACCCCCCAACAGAGGCAAAAAAACGUCAUUCACUUGUCUGUUCCGGCGAAAUCGGGCGGUCGAGAUCAAUCAUGCACCGUAGAGGAAUUCAAGAAUCGGACGACGAAGAGGAUGAGACCUAUAACGACGUCGUUCCAGAAUCUCCUUCUUCUUGCGAAGAUUCCAAGAUCUCAAAACCAACUCCCAAGAAAAGUAGGAGGAACGUAGAGAAGAGAGUUGUCUCCGUUCCGAUUGCUGACGUGGAAGGAUCUAAGAGUAGAGGAGAGGUAUAUCCACCGUCCGAUUCUUGGGCCUGGAGAAAGUACGGACAAAAACCGAUCAAAGGCUCGCCUUACCCCAGGGGAUAUUACAGAUGCAGCAGCUCAAAAGGAUGUCCGGCGAGGAAGCAGGUGGAGAGAAGCCGUGUGGACCCCUCAAAGCUCAUGAUAACGUACGCCUGCGACCACAACCACCCUUUUCCCUCCUCCUCCGGUAACAACAAAUCCCACCACCACCGUACCAGCACCGUCGUCCUCAAAACCGCCAAGAAAGAGGAGAAUCACGAAGAAGAAGACGAGGAGGAGGAAGUUACCGUCGCCGCCGAGGAGCCAGUGGGAUUAGAUCUAAGCCACGUGGACUCUCCGUUGCUAUUAGGUGGCUGUUACAGCGAAAUCGCCGGCGAGUUCGGGUGGUUCUACGACGCGUCCAUCUCAUCAUCAUCUUGUUCUGGAAAUUUCCUCGACGUAACCUUGGAGAGAGGUUUUUCAGUAGGCGAAGAAGAAGAUGAAUCACUGUUCAGCGAUCUCGGCGAUUUGCCUGAUUGCGCCUCCGUGUUCCGCCGUGGAACGGUGGCUACGGAGGAGCAACAUCGGAGAUGCGAUUUUGGCGCCAUUCCCUUCUGUGAUAGUUCUAGAUGAGUGUGUUUUUGUGUGUGUGUAGCCAAAAACCUCAAGAAAGGAAAAACAAUUUUUUUUUCUUUUUCUUCCACUGUAAAGGUGUAUCAAUGUGGAUUCACAUGAUUCAUUAUAAAUCCCAAAAUAAUAAAUCAAAUA